GAUGUGGAAUCGGGACCCUGCCGCUGCGCGAGCCCGGGGAUUGGUUCUGGAGCGUCGCGUGCAGGCCGUGCACUGGCACUGGGAGUCUCUCAGCAGCUGGGCACCAUCCACCUGGAAAUGUGAAAGCAGAAGUCUUUCUCUGCUCUAAAUGUGGGAAAAGAUUUCAGACAUCGGGAUAACUGGAGAAAACACAGAGGCAACAGCGGUGGUUCCAUCUCACCAACUGCAGAGAGGCCUGAGGCCAGUUACAGCCUGAAAACUCAUCCCACUGUUCCCCAACACAGCAGAAUCCAUCCACGUGUUCCCUGUGUGGAGAAUUAACCAGGAGAGAGUCAAGGAUCCCCACGCCAUGGAGAAACUGUGGAAAUGUAUGGACUGUGGGAAAGGAUUCAAAUGCCCAUCCGAUUUGGAAAUUCAUCGCCGCAGUCACACUGGGGAGAGGCCGUUCACUUGUCCCGAGUGUGGGAAGGGAUUCACACGGUCAUCACACCUGCUGACACAUCAGCGUGUUCACACCGACAGGAGACCUUUUAAAUGUCCAGACUGCGGGAAGGUCUAUAAAAGUUCCAGGGAACUGACGCUUCACCAACACGUUCACUCUGACGAAAGACCCUUUGUGUGCUCUCAUUGUGAGACAGGGUUCAAGCGAUUAGCUGACCUCACUGUCCACCAGCGAGUUCACACCGGGGAGAGACCGUUCUCCUGCCCGGUGUGUGGGAAGAGAUUUACCACAUCGUCCAGCCUGCGGAUACACCGGCGACUUCACUCUGCAAACCGACCCUUCACCUGCCCUGAGUGUGGAAAGGGAUUCACCAACUCGACUGAGCUGCUGAUACACCAGAGGCUUCACACCGGGGAGAGACCGUUCUCCUGUCCCGAGUGCGGGAAAGGGUUUGCUCAGUCAUCCAUCCUGAUAAAGCACCAGCUCGUUCACACUGAGGAGAGGCCUUUCAAGUGUCCAAAGUGCAGGAAAUGCUACAAAAGUUCUGCUGAACUGAUGGUCCACCAGCGUGUUCACUCUGACGAGAGACCGUUCUCAUGCUCUCACUGCGGCACUGGCUUCAAGCGAGCGUCUGACCUCACUGUCCACCAGCGGGUUCACACCGGGGAGAGGCCGUUCUCCUGCCCGGAGUGCGGGAAGAGGUUUACUACUUCAUCUAACCUGCUGACGCACCAGCGGCUCCACUCUGUCAACAGACCAUUCACCUGCUCCGAGUGUGAAAAGGGAUUCACUAAUUCAUCUGCCCUGCGCAUGCACCGGCGCGUUCACACUGGAGAGAGGCCGUUCACCUGCUCUGAAUGUGGGAAAGGAUUCACUCAGUCAGCCACCCUGCUCAGACACCAGCGGGUUCACAUCGAUGAGAGGGAUUCUGAUUGAGAUGUUAAAGGUUAUUAAAGGGUUGGACACUCUGGAGGCAGGAAGCAUGUUUCUGCUGGUGGGUGAGCCCAGAAUCAGAGGACACAGUUUAAAAAUAAGGGGUGGGCCAUUUAGAACAGAGUUGAGGAGAAACUUCUUCACCCAGAGAGUGGUGGGUGUAUGGAAUGGUCUGCCCCAGAGGGCAGUGCAGGUCAAGUUGCUGGAUAUGGAUAGAGCUGUUAAUGAUAGUGGAAUCUAGGGUUAUGGGGAUAAGGCAGGAACAGGAUACUGGUUGUGGAUGAUCAGCCAGGAUCAUAAUGAAUGGUGGCGCUGGCUCGAAGGGCCUCCUCCUGCACCUAUUGACAAGAGGCUGUUUACCCGGUCGGACAGUGGAAACAGAUGCUCUCUGUCAUCCCAUUGCUGAGUCAGCAGCAAGUUCACAAAAGACUGGAGUGACUGGAGUGUUCUGUACACCAUAGGCAGGUCUGAGUUAUCGGCAGAGGUUGGACAAGCUCAGACCUUUCCCUUAGGAGCAUAGGAGACUCAGGGGGGUGCUUAUUGAGGUGUAUCAGACCAUGAGAGGCCUGGAUAGGGUAAAUGCACUCAGUCCUUUUCCCCAGGGUUGGGGAAUUGAGGAUUAGAGGACAUCAGUUUAAGGUUAGAGGGGAAAAAAUACAAGGGAACCUGCAGUUUUUACACAGAGGGUGGUACACGUAUGGAAUGAGCUGCUAGCGGAAGUGGUUGAGGCAGGUACCUUAACAACAUUUAAAAGACAUUUGGACAAAUACGAGGAGAGGAAAGGUUUAGAAUGAUAUGGGCCAUUUGCAGGGAAAUGGGGUCAGUACGGACCAGUUUGGGUCAAAGGGUCAGUCUCCAGACUGUAGGAUUCUGCGACGAGGCCAUUUUCCCUUUUGGCUUCUUUCUGCUGAUAUUAAUAAACUUCAGCCCAAUUUUAGGGGCUAAUGUUCUGGCUGGAAAACCACUACCUCAGCUUUGUGUUCAAUGCAGCGCGUUGAGCCUCAUCUCCUCCAAGCUCACCUUCAACAACAAAUGCAAUCGGCAGGCUGAGAUUGAGACAAUCCGAUCAGCUGGCCCUGCUGCUUCCCUCCCGGGUACAACACGUUUGCCUGAGUGGGGAAGGAAGUAGGGAUGUAAUCACUGCUGGGAGCAGUCAGCUUACAGAGACAGAUACUCAAAAGACAAGCCGUCCCCGUUCGCUGCAAACAGGGAAUACAACCCAGGUGCCUUGUUUCUUCUCUUCUUGUGUAACGGUUAGUGCUUUUAACUGUUUGAACUGUUUCCAACGUGUGAUACUCCCACAAUGACCAACGACUCGAACACAACACUGCGGGGGAAGCAGAAACACUCCCUGAGCCUUUACUAUGAUCCAGGAUGGUGGAAAGCAGGAAUAUAUUUCUGAAUGUGAGUUUCUGUUUUCCUGUGUUGUUUCUCUCACUGUGUGCCCCUCUGACAGGCUUUUCCUGACUGGCCAUGACUAACCUGAUACACAGCUGGGCUUUACACAGGACAGGGGCUGCUUGGUCAAAAUCCCAGACCAUCCCGGCAGUGUGACUGGUGAGAGCAGACAGAGUGCCACAGAGGCCUGUGGGAUGUUUAUACUGAGCUGAAACUCACCAGAUGCUCACAGGGAGAAACGAUCCGUGAAAUUCAGAGAAAGUUUGCUGUAAAACUGAGCCUGUGUUUUUCCUUAUUAUGGGUGAGUCCGGAAUUCGAGGGCACCGUUUUCGAAUUAGGAGUUGCCUUUUCAGGAUAAAGGGAGAGGAAAAGGGAUUAUUUUAUUUUUGUCUCAGAUGGUUGGACGACUUUGACACUCUGUAUCACAGAAGGAGGUGGAGACGCAAGCUGGGAGUAUUUUUUAGGCACAGGUAGUUUUUUUUUUGGUUGGCAGUGGGAUCAAAGUUAAUCGGGAUUGGGUGGAAAUGUGGGAAUUGGAGCUCAAGUGGAGUCAAAAAGCAGAGUGACCUGUAUCUUCUGAGAAGUAUCUGUAUUUUAUAAGUACCUGUAUCUUCUAAUGAGAACAUUUUGUCUGGAUGUAUCACUCCCUGGUAUGGUAACGGUACCAUUCAAGAUCAGAGACGGUUACAGAGUGUGGUGAUCUUGGCCUGGACAAUCACAAAACCCAAUCUCCCAUCUCCCAGGCCCGCUGUCAAGGAAAGGCCACCAACAUUCUCAAAGAUCCAUCCCACCCUGGCAAUGUUUUCCUCUACCAUCGGGGAGAAGGAACAGGAGCCUGAACACACGCAUCAGCCAGUUUCAAAACAGUUUCUACUCUCCUGUCGUUAGAAUGAUGAAUGGACUCUCAAACUCUUAACAUUCACCUGUCCCUGUGUUUUUGUUUUUGCUGCUGUUUACCUGUUAUUUACUGUCUGCUACUUAACUCUGUGAUCUGCCUGUAUUGCU